UUGUUAAGCUCAAGGCUGACAUUCCAAAAGUCUAGAUUCUGAAUAUAGCAACUUCUUUGGUCAUAUAAGGAAUCAAGGGCUCACAUGCCACUCUCAGACAUGUAACACAUGCAGGAGGAGGGAGAAGCAGACAGUAGAAGAGCAGAACAGACAACACAGCUGGUGUAAAGAGGUGAAGCAACGUGCAACAAUAACAGCAGCAUCCAAAGAGUGGAUUCCUACUGGACGUGCAGGAUUUUUCUCUGUUCUUCUUCCUCUUAAACUGUGCAAAAAGUAAGUGAUCUGCAAUCACUUACUUUUCAAUCACUUACAGCUUCCAUUUUCUGUGUAAAUGCCUUGAUAAGUUAAAGGGGGUAGCACACAUUAGAGUUAUAUUGGAGAGUAUGGCAUUAGAAGUUAAUCAAAGCCAAUGCAGGAAUGAGUGGAGGAGAGAAGUGCUGGAGAAGAGGAGGAGCGAGAGAGUGAGUCUCUCUGAGAGAGAGGUUAUAGAGAAUGGGGAGCUGGAUGAGGUACAAGAUGUUGAGAAACAAUAUAAGGAUUCCGAGGAACAGGAAGGUCCUGAUGAAAAGUUGAGGAGGACUCAAAAUUGCAUCCAAGGACCGUCUACUUCUAAGGAACAAAAAGAGGAGGAAGAUGAAAGUAAGAAGUUGACCAAUGAGAAUGAAGCAGCCACAUCAUGGAUAACGCAAGAAGAAGAGUUUCAAGAUCAUCACAAAAAGUGUCAAGAGAAAAAGUCUACAGAGGAUGAUGAGGAAGCAGAACAUUCAAUGGAUGAAGAAGCAGAUAGUAAUGACGAAGAUGUGGUGAAGAUUUACUACAAAGAUGAUCAUCACAUAGACAUAUUCCACAACUUGACAAAGUUCAGGGACUGCUCCCUUCUCACUGACCUUACUUUGAGCACAGAGGAUAGGGACAGCUUCCACGUACACUCCCCUGUUCUGGCUGCUGUCAGCUCCCAUAUCCGAGACGGUCUUAGUAGAUGUGACAUAGGUAAUGAUACAGUUGAUAAAAGAAAAGAUAGAAGUGUUGGAGUACACAGGUGGUUGGUGACUCUGGGUCCAGAAGUGGAUCAUGUUGGAUUAAUGGCGGUUGUGGAGUUUGCCUACACUGGCCUCAUAUCAUGUUUGAACAAGAACACUGUGCACCAGAUUAAGGCUGCGGCUCAAACAUUGGGCGCGCCCAGGGUGCUGGAUAUCUGCAAUGAGGAGGGGAAAAAGUCCACAAAAACUGGAGAGAAGAAGAAUAAGCUCUCAGCUGCAGAACAAAUGAUGACCACUCUUCAGUCCAUCAAACAGCUGUGGAUGGACAGAGUGGGCUGUGAUGUCAUUCUAAAAGCUCUCGGAGGAUCACUUCAUGUCCACAGAGUCAUUCUGGCUGUGUGCAGUGACUACUUUCGUGGGAUGUUUACCUUGGGGAUGAGGGAGUCCCAUCAGCCCUGUGUGACCCUUCCCUUCCUUUUGGCUUCAGAGCUGGAGGUUCUAAUUGACAGCUCCUACACUGGGGCUCUCCCCCUCAGCUGGAAGUAUGUCUUUGAGAUCACCUGCACUGCUCUCCAGCUCCAGUAUCAACCUGCCCUCUCCUUGUGCCUUAACUUCCUGCAUCAAGAAAUAAAUCCUCACUCCUGUCUGGAUUUGGCAUCUUUUGCUGAGGCCUAUGAGAUGGGGCUGCUUCUUGAAGUCGCAGAGGAUUAUUUCCUGCGUCAAUUCCAAAAGGUGGCAUGCACCUCAAAGUUCAAGGACCUUCCAGCCAAACAGCUCUUGUUGUGCCUGAACAGUCGCUCGCUCUGUGUUCCAUCCGAGCUUGUUUUAUUCAAAGCAGUGGUGGCAUGGAUCCAAGCAAAGCCUAAAUUAAGGCUGACGUUUGCUAAAGAACUAAUGAAAACCAUCCACUUCUCCCUGAUGACGUCUAAGGAAUUCGAAGAGGUCCAAUCUCUGAAAAUGUGGUCUGAUCCCAGUCUGGCAAAGCUCUAUAAAGCAGUCUUUGAGGACUUCUGCUCCAAUGAAAGUCAGUGUCGGAUCUAUUUGCCAAAAGAGAGUCUCGUCUUGAUUGGAGGGGACCAGAACUCUGAAGACAACCGCAGAAUCAGCAGAGAACUCUGGUUUGGGAAUUCCUUAAGGCAAUAUAAGAAAGGAGAAAGUGACAUAGAGUGGAGAAUGUUAGGAGAGAUGCCAGAGCCAGAGAGGUUCAGUCAUGAGGUGGCUGUCCUCAAAGGACAACUGUACGUGUUUGGAGGCAAGAAGUAUUAUGGAAUAAGUGACAGCAUGAAUUCUGUUUACAGGUAUGACCCCUUUCAAAACAACUGGGAGAGCCUGGCUGAAAUGCAACAAAAGAGAUGCUCUUUCUCCGUGGUUGUGCUGGACGGAAACAUAUAUGCCAUUGGCGGACAUUGUGACAACAAAUAUAUAGAGAGUGUGGAACGCUUCUGCCCCUCUGGAAACUCUUGGAACUUCAUGUGGCCCUUGGAUUUGCCUCUGGGGGGCCAUGUGGCAAACACUUCACAAGGACAGAUCUUUGUCUCAGGAGGGUUGAGCAGCCACCACCAAUUUCUUUCAUCCAUGUUUAUUUACCACCCAGAGAAUGGAAGUACUUAUUUGGCAAACAUGGCCAAACCUCGAGCAUGUCACUGCAUGGAGACCCUGGAUGAAUGUCUUUAUGUAGCGGGUGGAUUCACUGCAGCUGAUGACAUGAGUCAUACUGACCAGCUAGCUUGUGAAGUGUACGAUCCAGUUGCUGACUCCUGGACGGCCUUCACACCUCUGCCAGUGCCACAUGUGGGAGCAGGAGGGGCCGUUUUGGAGGGAAAGUUUUAUGUGCUAGGUGGGUACAGCCAGGAGAACUUCCGUGACACUAAGAUGGUCCAUUGUUACGAUCCCACCACACAAAGCUGGCAGAACAUGGGCAUGAUGCCUGGGCCGAACAAUGACAUUCGAGCAUGUGUGCUGUAUUUGCCACCCCAAUUCCGAUUGUAAGACAUGAUGACAUACAGUAUGUCAUUAGUGUAUUGUUGUUUUAUAGUUUGAUACUAAAUGUUAGGCUACCUAUUGCAUGUUAAUAACAGUGAUAUUUUUGCAAUUUAGAAAACACUUUUCCACGAAGUAAGGAUGUAUCUCACCAUAGCUUGAUAUCUUAAUCAAGUUAAAUUUAUCUAUCGAAGUACCUCAAUAAAAGCUAUAGACAUGCAAACAAUAGGAUACCUAUGUAACAGAGCAUUUUUGUGCAAUAUAUUCAGAUUAACUGCACACUGUUCAGAAGGUACUGUAAUGAAAAUGUUCACGUAACAAAACAGAAUACUAACAUAUUUACACUACUGUAAGUUACGAGAUGGUAACUGCAAUAACCAUAUAUGAACACAAUUCACUUGUGUUCUUGUUUAGCAUACUUUUAGUGUAAGGCUGGUGAACAUAUUUUGUCACUGUAGAACAUGCAGAAAGAUGUCUUAAGUCACCACAGACAGGAAAAGAGACAAUGUAACAAGUAUAUUUUGCAUUUAUUGUUCUAAAGAAGCCUCACACCUUAAUAUUUUCAUUAAAAUGUACAUCAAAAUAAAACAAUG